CGUGUGGUCAGGAGUACUGCAGGGCGGAGCGGCCGCUGAGCCCAGAGCAGGAGGAAGGCGCCACCGCCUCCGAGGAAAUGGGUUCUGAGGAGCACAAGGAAGAGCCAGGCAAGAUGGUGGCGGAUGUCCUGAGCCACUGCCAGGUCAUAUAUGACGCCAUUCAAAACCUGGAUAAGAAGUUUGAUGCCAUUCACAUGAAGCUCUCCAAAAGACAACACAACCGUCUCUCUAAGAAAUGCCACGGAUAUGCAUACAGAUGUUGUGCUUUCCCAUUUUUUAAGAGAAGGACCCAGAAGCCGAAGAAGAAGGAGGAGGAGAAGGAAGCAGGGCAAGCCUCAUUUGCCAAGCAGCAGGAGCCCCAAGCGCUUGGAGUGAGCCCCCUUCCGGACCUCUUCACAAAAGCCUGUCCGCAGUAUUUCAUGGAGGACGCACUGAGUGCCUUUUCUUCUGCCUCUGCGCUGGCCCCGCCCUGCUUUGCCAGUCCCACGGAGCGCAGCAUCGCCAGCAUCUUCUCCACUGGGACUGCCGAGCUGCCUCCAAACAUCAUGGCCGCCGGCGUGCCAGCCUCUAACGCGGAAGUGCUGAACUACAACACUCCAGUGGACUCUGGCCGUUCAGGCAGCUGCUUCCCGUCUGGUUUUGCUACAAGCUCACCAAUUGAAAAUGAGCCCAGUGUCAUGAAGUCGGCCUUUGCGGAUGAGCCUUCCGGCUGGAGUGUGGAAGAAGUGCUCCUGUUCCUGAAGCAGAAGGAUCCUCACAUGAUGCCCUCUAUUGCUGACCUCUUCAGGAAACACGAGAUUGACGGGAAGGCUAUGCUGCUGCUCUCGAGCGACUUGCUCAUCCGGCACCUGGGGCUGAAGCUGGGCGUGGCCGUGAAGCUGGGCCACGCCAUCGACAAGCUCAAGGAGGAGAAAUGCAUCAGCAUUUAG